AUGAUGCAUGUCGUGAAGGAAACAAGGAACACGAACCAAGUGGUGAGGAGAUUUCCGGUGGAACUGGUGAAGACGUAUGAGAAGAUGAGGAAGCUGGCUUCAGCCAAUGCUGUGGUGGUGUUCAGCAUCAGUAGCUGCUGCAUGUGCCACGUGGUCAAGAGCUUACUCUUUGGCCUUGGAGUAGGUCCCACUAUCGUGGAACUAGACGAGGAAAAGAACGGCAAGGAGAUGCAAGCCGUACUCUACGUCCUCGUCGGCGACGACCGCGAACAACCGGUGCCGGCAAUAUUCGUUGGCGGCAAAUUCUUAGGUGGGGUUGAGACCGUUAUGUCCUCUCAUAUUAAUGGAUCUCUUGUUCCUCUCCUCAAAGAAGCUGGUGCUCUCUGGCUCUGA